UGUCGCUGUUUAGAAGGGAAAACCGGUACGGCUUUGAAUGUUUCAAUACAACUCGAAUUGAGAACGGUUUCAAACGGUGAAGUUAUCAUUUCUUGAAACCGACUUAUUGUUUAUUAUAUACUACACAAAAAUGUAUGAAAUAAUAUCUUGCGCGAAGGAUACCCAGCUGCACACAUUUCCGGCGCUGGAGUGUUUGUGCAUCAGUCCUCAUGUGAACAAUAACGUAAGUGAUGUCCAGUUCUUUCCGGCCAUGAAGUUGUUUCUGCGGGCCAACAAAAGCUGGGGUGUCGAAAUGAUGAGAAUUAAGGAUGUGGAAGGAAAACCUACAAUUUCGAAUGUGAAAAAAAUUACCAUGGAUAAUUUGUAUUGUGUGGCCUGUCCCAAAUCGGACCGGGAAGAUAUUGCGAUUGGUUUAACGUCAGGUCUGAUCAGGUUGAUGAAUUACAAGAAAUCCACCAAUACGAAACGUCUGGAGGCAGAUCGGCUCGCCAACGGGGUGACGUUUUUAGAUUUUAGCGCCACGGAUGAUUUUCUAGCGGCCGUGUAUGAAAGUGGUACGGUUAACCUGUUCGGGAUGAAGACUAGUAGUCGGGUAGCGACAAUGACGUUUGAUAAACACACAACCAAAGCUCGCUUUCACCCAACGAGGCGUUUUCUGAUAUCGGUCGCUUCCUACAAUGGUUCGGUUAUGAUGUAUGACACUCAGACUAAAAAGAUUGCCUUUAAUCAACCGGAAGCGCACGGUGCUCCCUGUCGAGAUAUUGCCAUGGCCGCUAGUAACCCGGAUGCUCUGUUCAGUGUUGGCUACGAUAAUGUGAUCAAUAUAUUUGAUACACGCAAGAAACUUGUGGCAUCAGAAAUCCGGUCCAACUAUCCAUUUGAGUCACUGGCAGUUUCCGAGUGCGGAGGAUUCUUUUGUGCUGGAAAUUUGAAGGGGUACGUUUACGGAUACGAUUUAAGAAAUUUAUCCGCACCUAUCAAAACAAGUGCAAUUCAUGACAGUAUUGUGAAUAGUAUUGCUUUUGUACCGAAGCCUAUAGAGAGGGAGCAAAGCCGACUUAGUUUCGAGCAGUCACAAAUUCCUAAGCCAACUGAGCUGGUUGUAAAGCCUGGUCCCGUUGCUGCAACGGCGACUAUUGAUUCUCCAGCUCCCGUUUUAGGCGGCAAAUCCGAUCAGGACAGUUUCAUGGGUGAAAUUGAUCUGUUUCUACAACGGAGAGAUUCAAUGGAUUAUGUGUCGAGACUGAGCUCUUCUUCCAGGCUAAGCACUGAAUCUCGCGGCAGUCUUAAUAUGGGUGGCAAUAAUCUCAUGGGAUAUUUGGAUGAUAUUUCGGAUAGUAAUUUAGAUCUGGAUCAAAUGGAAAAUGCCGCUCUAAGCAACCCCGAUCAAGACGAAUGUUUUGUCAAUGUCAAUCGACUUAUAAAAAGAACUUCAAUAAAGAAGCAAUGCUCUGUAGAUCGCACUCAUCGUUCUGCCAUAAAUUUGGAGAACAUUCGGGAGGAAUCGGAUGUUGAUAGUAGCCGUGCUUUAGCGGAGAUUCCUGCUGACUCGAAUGUUGAAACACAUACACAAAAGAACUCUAAUGGAGCCUCAAAACGAACUUCACUCAGACGUUCCGUCAAUUGGGAGAACAAGGAAAAUAAUUUCAGUAAAUUGGAUAAUACUUCCACUCCUGUCACAGAUAAUGCUCAAGUUUCUACAGAGGAACGAGUCAUAUCGAAAUCAGCUCCAUUGACGGAAAUUGAUUCGAUGCCUCCUGGAUACAUCCAGGCAGCAUUCCAGGAGUUGAAACUCGAAAUGUCCCAUAUGCGUGAUGAUUUGCGUGAGGAAAUGAGGGAACAUUUUUUCCAAAACAAAGUCGACAGGAAAUACACCGCACAAGCAACACGUAGCCACACCUGGAUGGGCACUUUCAAUCUUUGGCGGGAGACUCAGAAAAGCUUGGAACGAAUCGACGAGGUCACCCAAACCGGGUUUGGCAUGCUGCUCACAAAUGAUGAGUUUACCCAGCGCUUCAUGGCGCUCCAGCGGGAAAAUGGAAUACUCAAGCGACGGAUAGCGGAGCUAGAGCAGGCAAUGGCCAAACAGUAGUACCCUACUACAUGUGAUUGUACAAAACUUCAGCGCGAAACCACUGGAUGGCGAGUGUUAUUUUGCUGUAAUUUUUUAAUGUUUUUAUAAAUAAACUUUGGAAUUAG